AUGAAAACCCGAAACGAUUAUGUAAACGCUGAAUCAACUUUAGCAAAUUUUCGUAUUGAUAAUACGGAUCAUAUUAUAGACGUUAAUAAAGGAAAUUUAGCUUUUGAAUUCGACCAAGUACACAUAAUUUGUCCAGUAUAUGAACCCGGCACAUAUGAGAAUGAAACAGAAAAGUACAUUAUAUAUAAUGUUUCAAAAGUUGAAUAUGAAACAUGUCGAAUAACAAAUGCUGAUCCAAGGGUUAUAGCAAUAUGUGAUAAGCCACAAAAAUUAAUGUUUUUUACUAUAACGUUUCGCCCAUUUACUCCACAACCUGGAGGUUUGGAGUUCCUUCCUGGAAAUGAUUACUAUUUUAUUUCAACUUCAUCAAAAGACGAUCUUUAUCGAAGAAUAGGUGGGAGAUGCUCUACAAACAACAUGAAAGUCGUUUUUAAAGUUUGCUGUGCAUCAGAAGAAAACAAUAAAACAAGCACUUCCUUUAAUCAUAAUCCCGGCUUAGGUGGAUUUAAUCACAGUGAUCAUGGUAAUACUCUUGCUGGAAAAAUUGAUGUUGAUUUAAAUAGUCCAACGCAUAUUAAUCAACCUAACGUAAAUAAUAUAAAUAAUGUGCACGCAGGUGUUGGAAAUAUUGGGAAUAUACCAUUUAAGACUAUAAGUGGUCCGACUGCUACUGCCAUAAAUACAAAUAUAGAUCAUUUUAAUCGUAUACCUAUGCAACCCAACGGUGUUAAUGUUAUUAGUAAUAAUAAUGGUGUAGGAAGUUUGGGCAACAGCGGUAUUUUGCUGUCUCCAAAUCAUGGAACAAUAAAUAUGAUACCUUCAAGUGGAAAUGGAGUGAUUCCAUAUCAAGGACAAAUCGGACAGACAGGUAUAAGAAUUAAUAAUAUACCACCAAACCACCAUCCCUCUAUUAAAAACAGCAAUAAUAACAAC